AUGUUGAAGCUCACGGCCAUCGUUGCGCUCCUGCUGGGCGCGGCGUCUGCCUCGCCCACUCCCAGCCCUCCUGCCAGCGAUGAGGGCAUCACCAAGCGUGCCACCAGCUUCUGGUACCCCAACAUGGACCACGUGAACGCUCCCCGCGGCUACGCCCCUGACCUCGACGGCAACUACAACUAUCAGGUCUACCAGACCGUCAACCCAGGAGACGGAGCUGCUCUGCAGCGGGCCAUUACCAGCGAUGGCAGCGGCUCUCGCCACCCCCAGUGGCUCGCAUCGCAGCCAAGAGUUGUGUACAUUCCCCCCGGAACAUACACCCUCACCCAGACGCUGAGAUUCAACACCGACACAGUGUUGAUGGGCGAUGCCACCAACCCUCCCAUCAUCAAGGCCGCUGCCGGCUUCUCGGGCGACCAGACGCUCAUCAGCGGCCAGGACCCGACCACCAACGAAAAGGGAGAGCUCUCCUUCGCCGUGUCCCUCAAGAACGUCAUCCUCGACACGACCGCGAUCCCCGGCGGCAACCAGUUCACCGCCCUCUGGUGGGGAGUCGCCCAGGCCGCCCAGCUGCAGAACGUCAAGAUCACCAUGGCUUACUCUCAGAACGGCAACGGCCACACGGGCAUCCGGAUGGGACGCGGCUCCACGCUCGGCCUUGCCGACGUCCGCGUGGAGCACGGCCAGAACGGCAUCUGGGUGGACGGCCACCAGCAGGCUGCCUUCCACAACAUCUACUUCUUCCAGAACACCGUCGGCAUGCUCAUCAGCGGCGGCAACACCUUCAGCAUCUUCUCGUCCACGUUCGACACGUGCGGAACGGGCAUUUCCAACACGGGCGGUGCUCCUUGGAUCGCCCUGGUGGACGCCAAGUCCAUCAAUUCCGGCGUGACUUUCACGACAACGGGAUACCCUUCCUUUCUGAUUGAGAACCUGACCAAGGACACGACCUCGCCCGUUGUUGUUGCUCGUGGAUCAACUCUCGUCGGAGCUUCCUCCCACAUCAACACCUAUUCCUAUGGAAACACGGUUGGGAGGAACCCCAUCUAUGGCGAUGUGACAUCGCAGAACACGAGACCUGGCGCCCUGGCCCCUGGUGGAAGAUACCCGUAUGUCGCGCCGCCGACAUACUCUGAUGUCCCCGUCUCUGGCUUCUUGAACGUCAAAGACCCUGCGCAGAACGGAAACAGAGUCGUCAAGGGUGACAACACCAUUGACGAAUCGGCCACGCUGAAUGCGAUCCUGGCCCUGGCCGCCAGCCAGAACAAGAUCGCCUACUUCCCCUUUGGAAAGUACCGGGUCGACAGCACCCUCUUCAUCCCUCCGGGGUCUCGCAUCGUGGGCGAGGGCUGGGCCACCAUCACCGGCAACGGCCAGUUCUUCAAGAACGAGAACAGCCCGCAGCCCGUCGUCGCCGUCGGCCGCCCCGGCGACGUCGGCGUCGCGCAGAUCCAGGACAUGCGCUUCACCGUUUCCGACGUCCUCCCCGGCGCCAUCGUCAACGUCUGGAACUGGGUGGCGGACCACAUCGCCGAGAACUUCAGCGGCGGCUCCUCCAUCGCGGGCAAGGGCGGCGUCCUCGUCGAGAGCUCCAAGGCGACGUGGCUGUACGCGCUGGGCAGCGAGCACUGGUGGCUGUACCAGCUCAACCUGCACAACGCCAACAACGUCGUCGUCUCGCUGCUCCAGUCCGAGACCAACUACGAGCAGGGCUCCAACACCCAGCAGAUCGCCCCCGCCCCCUGGGUCGCCAACGUGGGCACCUACGGCGAUCCCGACUUUUCGUGGUGCAACGGCGGCGACAAGUUCUGCAGGAUGGGAUACGGAAACUACAUCAACGGCGGUUCCAACAUAUAUACGUAUGCCUCUGCCUCGUGGGCCUUCUACAGCGGUCCCGGACAGGGCUGUGGGCAGUAUCAGUGCCAGCAAACCAUGCACUGGAUUGCCAGCACACCCAGUAACCUCCAAGCCUUUGGAAUCUGCUCCAAGGAUUCCGUCAACACGCUGCGUCUCGGAGACGGCACGUUGAUCAACACGGCCAACGGCUUCACUGGCUCGUGGCCGGGAGGCGGUGGUGAUGUCGGCCGUUAUACCGUUUAG